AUGCCACGACAGAUGCCCGGGGAACCCUACUCUCGGGUGGAUUCCGUAGAGGCGCGCCAAAUGGUGGAAACAAACCCAGAAGGCACAAUUGUCAUAGACGUGCGGCGGGACGACGAGUGGGUUACGGGACACGCCACCGGCGCCGUCCACAUACCGGUGGACGAUCUCCCCGGCAGGAUGGACGAGGUUCCCGAAGACAAGGCCAUUUUGUUCAUCUGCGCGGCUGGGGUGCGCAGCGGCCUGGCCUGUGAGCUGGCGGCCGCAAUGGGCUACGACUCCGAAAUGCUCUACAACAUUGAAGAUGGUACGCCAUCGUGGAUCGGAGCCGGUAAUCCCACGUCGUACGGCAAUGAACCCUAA